GCUGAACGAGCAAAUUUUUUUCGCAGUUGCUCCGCUUCCUUCGGCUGAUUUGGUUUCGAUUUGUUGUGGUUCCACUUCCGGCAUUUGUUUACAUUUCGGGGAACCAGGGCGCAAGAAGAAACCCAAACAAAAUGAUGUCCGACGACCAAUUUCGCAUUCUCAUCGAAACCAUCAAAGCGCUGGCCCCGACCAAAGACGAGGAGCCGCUCUCCAAGGGGAGCUUCAGCAAUUGUCCGGUGCGGUUCAGUGGCCAGCGGGAUCACGACGCCGUCGAUGAGUUCAUCAACGCGGUGGAGACUUACAAGGAGGUGGAGGGUAUCAGCGACAGGGAUGCCCUGAAAGGCCUCCCUUUGCUGUUUAAUAACAUCGCCGUGAUCUGGUGGAAGGGCGUGAGGCGAGAUGCCAAGACCUGGCCGGAUGCUCUUCAGCUGCUCCGCGAUCACUUUUCUCCCACCAAGCCCUCCUACCAGCUCUACAUGGAGAUCUUUGAGACGAAGCAGGAGCAUGGCGAAGCGAUAGACACCUUUAUCUGCAAGCAGCGAGCCCUGCUGGCCAAGCUGCCGGAGGGAAGGCAUGAUGAGGAGACGGAGCUGGACUUCAUUUACGGCCUGAUGCAGCCCAAAUACCGCGAGAGUAUACCGCGGCACGAAGUCAAGACUUUCCGGGAGCUGCUCGAUCGCGGACGGGCAAUGGAGCGAACCAAGCACUGAACUUAGAAUUAA